AUGGCCAAACAGCACGACGCCGUAUGCUGCUUGUAUCAUUUCUGCUUAAGCUUUUCUGCUUACAUGUUGCUCUGCUUUGUUUAUUUCGGCUUAAGCUUCUUUAAGCGCCAGCGCCAACCUAAAGCCGGUAGGCUCCGGGCUAAUAAAACUGCCACCAAAACAGACAGAUCGAUCACUCAUCACACCCUCAAGCUAGCUUCACAACAGGCAGAUACUAGCUACGAGCAGAGGAUCGAGGAGGAAGAGGAAGAAGAAGCUUCAACUCCAUAUCAUACAUUCGUGAUGAGAGGAAGGGGCAGGAGAGGGAGCAGCGGCACGGCCGCCGACUUCCUCGUGUGCUUCCCGCCGCGGGCGCACCUGGCCCUGAUGCCGCCCAAGACGACCUGCAGCCCGUCGCGGCCGUCCGCCUCCUCCGAGCGCCGGCACAGCACGAGCGGCCGGCCGUCGUUGUCCGGCUCGCACCUCAGGGCGGCCGCGGCCAGCAGGAGCCGCCGCCUAGCCGCGGUGGACGUCGACGUGGACAACGAGCCGUCGUCGCCCAAGGUGGGGUGCGCCGGGCAGAUCAAGGUCUCCCGCUCGGCCAAGCCCAAGGCUGGCGCCGGCGGGAAGGCGCCCAAGAAAUCCACCACGUGGAUGCACGCGCUCGGGAUCAAGAAGGACGCGCUGCCGUUCCUGAACGCCUUCCACGGCGCCUUCCGGCUCAACGUCUCCGGCUGCUUCGGCAGGUUCCCCGGCGCCGUCGUGGAGUACAGCUCCGAGGACGAGGACGACGAAGCAGAGGAGGAGAAGGUGGAGCGGGCGCUAAAGGGAACAGAGCACGACGACCCAUUGACCAAGUGGUUCAUGGUGCUGGAGGAAGACAAGAGAGUUCCUUCCAGAAAGAAGCAGCAGGAACAAGAACAACCGCAUGAUGAGGAAGAAGACACGGCGCCGCCAGCGAACGCGCUGAUGCUGAUGCGGUGUCGGUCGGCGCCGGCGAAGGGGCUAGCGAGGAGGCUGGGAGUAGAUGCAGGGGAUGAUGGGGAAGCGAAGAUCGCCAAGAAGGCAGGGGAGGAGGAAGAGGUGGAGAAGGAUAAUCUAGUGGUGAUGAGGUACCCGCCUGACUUCUUCCAUGUGUCCGUGGACAUUGCCAAGGAGACAUGGAUCGUCGGCGGCGACGACUCCAUCUUACGCUGCCGGAGCUGGAAGAAGUGAUGAUCCAUCCUCUCGUUUUGUGAACAAUGUAUGUGUGAUUUUCAACUUUCUUUUUCUCUAUUUGCUCUGCCGAUUCGCUUUUCUUGUUCUUGUAACCUACCUACGGAUCGUGUAAAAGGAUUCGAUCAGCAUGUGGAUUAGUUUCGAGAAGGCCAGCAUGUAGGUCUCUCAGUAAAACAAAUCCUGCUCUGUAGAUAUUGCUGUAAUAGAGAUCCCUUACUAUAUUUUACCGGUGUAGAUGGUGAAUAUUAGUAGUACAGUACUUGUGAUAUGU